CGCCGUUAUACCUCAACGAAGAAGAAAAGAUGGCGGAGCAUACGUUACACCACAAUAAUUAUUUUACAAGAGACGUUGAGAAAAACGACGGAUCUGUCUUGAAAAUCAAACAGUGCUUUAAAGGAGACGUCGGUUGUGUGGUGUGGGAUGCAGCAAUUGUCCUGUCAAAAUAUUUAGAAACUAAACCGUUGUAUGACCCUUGCUCGGGUGUGAACAUGUGGGCUAGCAAAAACAUUCUGGAGUUAGGAGCAGGAACAGGAGUUGUGGGCCUUAUGGCAGCAUCUUUGGGGGCUCAGGUUACUGUGACAGACCUCGAGGACCUGCAGUCUCUACUCCAAGUCAAUAUCCAAGACAACCAGGAACUUGUCAGCAGUGGAUCCAUCGAAGCCAAGGUACUAAAAUGGGGUGAAAAUGUGUCAGAGUUUCUACCACACCCACAUUUUAUCCUGAUGGCGGACUGCAUCUAUUAUGAACAGUCCGUGAAGCCACUGGUGGAAACCCUGAAGCACCUGGUUGGACCAGAGACCACCAUCAUAUGCUGCUAUGAGCAACGCACAGUGGGUGUCAACCCCAAAGUGGAGAAACAAUUUUUUGAGUUGCUUCUACAAGACUUCCAGUCUGAGGAGAUCCCUUUGAACAAGCAGGACCCAGAGUAUAACAGUCCUGACAUCCGCAUCCUUCACAUUCGCAGAGCUGUCUUGAGUGAAUGAGUGUCUUGUGUAUAUGUGGUUGUCAGGGUUGUGGUAUACAAAUAAUUGAAUUGCACUCAUGUACAGUUCACAUUGUAAUUUAAAUCGAAUGGACCCCAGGGGAGAGCACUAAUGUUGAAAGAACUCAUUUGAAAAUCCUUUAUCGAUAUAUCCAUGUUGUCUUAGUACGGACUAUGAGUUUUACCAGACUGUGAUACUCAUUGCACCAUGAUUCUAAAACAAAUCCCAGUUAGAGGUAGACUCCACGAUAUGACUUGGGUGCACAAAGUAAACAGCAUAGGGGAUCAAUUUCCGCAGCAGCUAAGAGUGUUGAAGCGUGAGGCUAAACUUCUCAGCUGUUUUGGUCCCGUACCACGAGACGCAAACUCGUACACGUGCAGAUACUGUGUGUGACUGUGGAAGCGAAGUCUUGCAUCUCACUCAUCGCAAUAUAUGUGGUGCUGAACGUGGCAACGUCAUUUCGCUGGGUCUACCUUUGAAAAGGAAAAGAAAACAUUCUCCUUCAGAACAUUGUUUUUUUCAUUGCAGUAUUUAACUGUUGGAACACAUUUGUGGGAUGAUUUAAAUUAAUUUUUAAUAGAAGUUAAUGAAAUAUAAUUUUAGCUAAUUAAAGUGUCAUACACAGGCUAUAAGUUGUGUCAAGUUGGCUGGAUGUCCUUUGAGUGGUGGACCACUCUUAAUACACAGGAAAUUGUUGAGCAUAAAAAACCCAGGAGCAUUGCCGUUCUUGACACAAACCGGUUCGCCUGGCACGUACGACCAUAUCCCGUUCAAAGGCACUUACAUAUUUUGUCUUGCCCAUUCACCAUCUGAAUGGCACACAAUCCAUGUCUCAAUGCUUAAGUAUUCUUUAACCUGUCUCCUCCCCUUCAUCUACACUGAUUUAACAAGUUUUAUUUUUAUUUUACCUUUAUUUUACUAGGCAAGUCAGUUAAGAACAAAUUCUUAUUUUCAAUGACUGCCUAGGAACAGUGGGUUAACUGCCUGUUCAGGGGCAGAACGACAGAUUUUGUACCUUGUCAGCUCGGGGAUUUGAACUUGCAACCUUUCGGUUACUAGUCCAAUGCUCUAACCACUAGGCUACCCUGCCGGCUAGUGGUUAGUGACAUCCAUGUCAGUCUGGAUUCACCUGGUCAGUCUGUCAUGGAAAGAGCAGGCGUUCUUAAUGUUUUGUAUACUCAGUGUAUAUCAUGUUCAGCAGCAGAGUGCUAGUGUGUGGAUAUAGUCUUCAGAAAGUAUUCAUACCCCUUGACUUAUUCCACAUUUUGUAGUUACAGCCUAAAUUUAAAACAUUUUUCUCACCAGUCCCCACACACUAGCCAUAAUGACAAAGUGAAAACAUGUUUGUAGAAACAUUAACAUUUAUUGUAAAUUAAAUACAGAUCUAAUUUACAUAAGUAUUCACACCCCUGAAUCAAUACAUGCUAGAAUCACCUUUGGCAGUGAUUACAGCUGUGAGUCUUUCUGGGUAAGUCUAAGAGCUUUGCACAACUGGAUUGUACAAUAUUUGCAUACACAAAAAUAUUUAAGCUCUGUCAAGUUGGAUCAUUGCAGGACAGCCAUUUAAGUCUUGCCAUCAAUUUUUUAAAAUCUGAUAUAAAGGCCACUCAGGAACAUUCAAUAUGGUUUUGGUAAGCAACUCCAGUGUAUAUUUGGUCUUUGUUUUAGGUUAUUGUCCUGCUGAAAGGUGAAUUAGUCUCCCAGUGUCUGUUGGAAAGGAGACAAGGUUUUUCUAUAGGAUUUUGCCUUAGCUCUGUUCUGUUUCUCUUAUCCUAAAAAACUCUCUAGUCCGUGCCGAUUAAAAGCAUACCCAUGACAUGAUG